GUUUGAAAACAGGAAACGGCGGACACAUACACGGCGAAGGAACAUCAAUUACACACUGGAAGUGCUGAGCCCACGAGCCCUGCUGCCACUGCUGCUGCUGGAGGCUCAGCAGCCACCGAAGGUUUAUAAAAGGCCGAUGGUUCCCCCCUCGACCAGUCUUUCCCCCAACUCCAGGACCUGCCAGGCGCAUCCACCUUUCCCAUCUUCUCCUCACCUUUUUCUUACUCCACCCAACAACAACCACCUUAAACUACUUGCUUCAAUAAUCAUUAAUCAUGGACUAUAUACCUGAUCCCAACGCGUUAGAUUCUCCGGUAGAAUUUUCUGCUGGCCCGUUCACUCCCCCAGGAACGCCACCCCCUCUUCCGGGUGUCUCCUUUACCCCCCCAGGAACUCCUCCAUCUCUUGCUGAUGGCUCCUCCACCCCCCAAGGACCUCCUCCACCUCUUGCUGCUGGCUCCUUCACUCCCCCGGGAACUCCACCUCCUCUUCCUGAAGUCUCCUUCACUCCCCCAGGAACUCCUCCUCCUCCUCCUCCUCCUCUUCCUCCUCUUCCUCCUUCCCACUUCGUCCCCAUUCCCAACCCGGUAGUGUUUCCUGAUGAUGACGAGCCGAUGGAGGGGCUUCCAGUUGAGGAAGCGUGGUGGCCACUCCCACCUCCUCUUCCUGAAGUCUCCUUCACUCCCCCAGGAACUCCUCCUCCUCUUCCUCCUCUUCCUCCUUCCCACUUCGUCCCCAUUCCCAACCCGGUAGUGUUUCCUGAUGAUGACGAGCCGAUGGAGGGGCUUCCAGUUGAGGAAGCGUGGCGGCCACUCACCGACCUCACCAAAAACUGUCAGCCGCAAAUUGGAGCGGUUUUUCAGACUCUGGCUCCUCAAGAUCAAGCAAAGAUGACCCGUUUUUUGCGCAAGAUGAUGGAAGUUUUCCUCACACUCUUCCAAAACCGGCAGCGAGACAGACUCGAUGCUAGAGAGAACUCUUACCUCCUCCGCGAUCUGCCUCAAAUUCGGCUUAUCUUGCAAGCGAACGAGGAAUCCGAUGCGCAACUCUUGACCGCUCUGAUCGACCACUGGAUCUCUCUUAUCCACGCCUUUUCCAACGCUCGGAGAUCCCAGAGAGUUCAAGACCUGUUGGACCGUAUGAAGAACCCACCCGCCCGCUCGGCUCGGCGUGCCCCCUCAGAAUGCCCGAUCUGCAUGGAAAUCCUCUCCGACAGCAGACACAGCAAUGUUCGAGCACCUUGCCACCUUACCCAUGUCUUCCAUCGAAACUGCCUUCAAGAAUGGUUGGAAGGCGAACUCAACUGUCCAAUGUGCAGAGCCCCAUUUGCUCUUCCUCGUAGACGCCGACAGAAAACCCUUGUCAGAUUGGGCCGACACCGCAGAGCUUUUGAUUUGUUGGUCUUGCUUUGUUGGGGCGUCUGAGUCCCUCCCCCUAUGUCCCUAUGCUUCUCUCUCCCCCUAUGCAAUCACAAAUCCCAUUUCAUCUCAUGUUUAAACGUCUCCUUUGACGUUCCUGAGCUCCCCUG